GCGCCCAGGCCUCGGCUGCCUCGUGACCGGCCUGAGCCUCCUACGAAGGAAGCGGCAGGCCAGGGCCCGACUCUGGCCGGCGAGGCGCCUGGGUCCGGUCGCGGGCGUUGCGGGCGUCUCAACGGCUCGCGGCGCGGGGGAUUUCGAGUACCGGAUAAACCUCGAGGGCCUGGUCGCCCUUUGCAAGCGCCGCGGUUUCGUCUUCCCCUCCGGCGAGAUCUACGGGGGAUACAACGGCUUCUUCGACUACGGGCCACUGGGCGCCGAGCUGAAGAACAACUUGAAGAAACUUUGGUGGCGCAGGAUGGUGCACGCUCGGGACGACGUCGUUGGCCUAGACAGCUCCAUCGUGACCACGCCUUUAGUGCACAAGGCCUCGGGCCACGUGGAGAACUUCUCGGACCCCAUGGUCGAUUGCAGGGAAAGCAAGCAGAGGUUCCGGGCUGACCAGCUGAUGUGGGCCAAAGUGGAGGAGGAGGGCGAGGGCGAGUGCCUGGGCUACGUCUCCAUGGUCGAGGACGGCAACGUGGAGGCGUCCCUCCAGAAAGCGGCGAAGAAGCUCCAGAAGAAGGCGACUGCUGGGAGAGGCUGCGCUUCGCUGCAGCUUGUCGCUCUCUUCUCUCUUCUCGUUCUCGUUCUCUUGGCUCUGAAGGGAAGGGUAGCAGGGAGAUUGGGAGACUCGGCCGGAAGUCCGAUGGGCGCACGGAGCCAAGUGCAGCUCCGCAGCAGCUCCGCAGCAUCAAUUCGGCUGCCCAAGGCCAUUGGCUGCCGCUGCAACGACGGCAGGGGCCCACACUUGUCCGAUCCGAGAGCGGUCUGCGCCGGGUAG